AUGGUGCAGCGGAUCGAGGCCGUCAUCUUGGAGUGCUUGUCUGACUUGUCUGUCUCUGGGUUCUCCCCCGCGGCUAUCGACGCAGCCUUGAACACAGUGGAGUUUCGACGCCGAGAAUUUCCCAGAGGUCCGACGCUGCCCAGGGGUCUUAUGUUUACAAGACUGAUGGCAGCGGACAUGAACUACCACAGGGAUCCUUUGCUUUCCAUACAAUUUGAGAAGGCUUUGGGGCACAUUAAGAAGGCCCUCAACAAAGGCGAACGCGUCUUUGAGAAGCUCAUUACACAGUCAGACCUGUUGAAGGCGAGUACCACGAAGGCUGCGGAAAGAGAAGCAGCUGAAAGGGAUGCCCUACAGGCGGCGCGCGCCACAAUGGGAUCCGAGGAGUUGAUGGCGAUCGCACAGACGCAAAAGGCACUUCAGGAGAAACAGGUAUUACCAGAGACAUUUGACAAUCGACAUGCAUGGCUCAAAAAACUAGAAACUAGAGCGGCAUGGGGCCCAGAGGCUCUAGUCUUUGAAGGGCUUGUGCUUUGGCUGUAUUUCUGUCUGGUAUUUAUAGCUCGAUCAAUACUGCAUGCUAAGAUAACAUGUUUUGCUCAAGCGUGUUUAUAUCCGUGCCUUGGAUGCUAUGCCGCUCUGCUUCUGCUUUGUCUACUAUACGGACUGUUCCUGCAGGAGGCCGAGAAGAUUCCUAUCCAUGUAGAUUCUGUCGGUUCUGUGCCACUGGUAACGCACGACCUACCAACUUCGGGUCUCGUGUACAUCGAUGUGGCUCUAUCACUUGAUGCUUUGACCUUGGAGGAGAUCCAGUAUCUUCCCUUACUUGGCAGCAUGCUGACCGAGGCGGGUACAGAACAGCUUCCCCCCGAGGACCUGCUGCCCCUCAUAGGGCAACACACUGGUGGCAUCUCAGCCUCAUUUGCUGCCACUCCCGUACCAUCCGUCCCCUACACCGUCCCGGAACCUGUACAAGCAAAGGGAUUUUUAUUCCUGAGCGGAAAGUUACAAGCAGGGCAUACGUGUGGUGCUUAUCUUCACAGACCUGGUUGGGUAGCUUAUUAUGGUGGCGCCGCAGCUUAG